CCUAACUAAGCUGGCUUUUCUCUCGCUGUCUCACACUGUGACUUAGAGCACCCGCCACCCGACUCUACCUCUCAUUCUCAACUCUGAAGCUCGGUUGUCUCCCCUCGUCCCCCUCAGUCGACGGCGUCGGCGUCGACGUCGACCUCCCCUCUCCUCGGCUUCUCGACCCCCUGCUCUUGCUCUGUCGCUCUGGUUCUCGUUGCGUGUUGCUUCCACCGACCUUUUCCUCCUCUCGCCGUCUCGCUCUCGCUCUCGCUCUCGCUCUCGCUCUCCAUCUCAGGCCUAAGCUCGAGUUCCCCUCGGCUUAUCUGCAUACAUGUGUGAAGGUUGAAGGGCUUACAAAUGAAGACAAUCUCUGGAAAGCCUAUUUCAGAAAAACCAAUCUCUCUUUCAAAAGCUGCAAAAAUCCUCUCAAAGUUUAUCUCUGCUGAGAAUGGUGCUUCACAUGUCAUCAGUGCAUAUCUCCAUCGAGCCUCUAGUUCGUUCAGUGAGCUGAAACAGCUCCACAAGGAGCUCAAAUCACCACGUUCUGAUCGGAAGCACAAAAGGAGUAGAUCAAAGACUCAUAAUGGCAAAGAGAAAAUUGAGGAGAUUAAUGAGCAGUUAAAUCAGAGGGCUGUGCAUCGGUUUGGCAGUAAAGGUCCCUGUGAGGAUGGACAAAAAUCAUCUCAAACAAUUGUCAAAUUCAAUCAAGAACCUGAUGGAGCCACUGAAUAUCAUGCAGGAACUGAGGGUGGGAGUGAAACGCUUAAGAAGAAGAAAAAGAAGCAUGGCAUUAAGUUCCAGGAGCAAGGAGAUAAUGGGGUUGAAAUUGGAGAGGUGGAAGUUGAUCGGAAACCACGAACUGAGGCCAGAAAUGAAAUUGAAGAAAAACCAACUCAUGGUGGCCUUGAUUUUAGUCAAGAACCCACUAAGAGGGAGAAGCAUAAGGAGAAAAAGGAACGUGAAGAUGAGUCCAAUAAGAAUGUGGCCGGUGAGGUUAAAUUUGAAGAGGGAUCAAAUGAGGGAAACGCAGGUGAUGACAAGGGAUUGGUGGAUGGAAAGAAACAUAAACAGGAGAAGAAGAAAAAGAAAGACAAGGAUAUUACGUUCAACUUUUCUGGCAAAGAGGGUGAGGUUAUCAAACCAGAAUAUGGGAUUGCAAGUACAGAAUAUGACCAAAAAGGGAUACUAAGCAAUGGUGUUGAGAACAAACAUGGAGACUCUGUUGAUAAAAAGGAAUUACCAAGUAAAAAGAAAAAGAGACAUGUGGCAGGAAGCGAGGAUAAAAUAAAUACUGAUGAGGUAAAGGGGUUGCAGAAAAAAAGAAAGAACGAAGACGGGGAAGGGAGAGAUGAUGCUGAACCCGGGGAACCAACUAGGAAAAAAAUUAAGAAAAAACAUGGGGGAGAUGAUUAACUGUACGUGUGCCAGCAUUUCACUUGGAUUUUGUUAGUUCCAUCUUACUGAAAAUCAAUGAGGAAUUUGUGUUGGGUUAA